CCUAAUCCACUGUCAUUCUUUUGGGUUGGUAGGAUAAAAUUAUUGACAAAAUGGACUACUUAAACUCACAUCUUGAUCACAAUUUUGGUGAAUUUCCACUCAUUUGUCAGCAAAGGGAGUGUGCUUUAAGCAGUGUAUGAAGAAUGGCUGGAGGUGCAGAUCUAACAGUCCCUUCCGUUGGAUCAAAAAAUGCCAUGGAUAGAAACCAAGAACCUGAAAAGGGCAAUAAUAACAACAGGCCUGCCAUUGAUGUGCUCAUGUCUCCCAAAGUGCCAAAGGCAGUAUCACCAGUUUCUUCGAUAGCUGAUGGGGAGACCAUUAGGCGACCUCGUGGAAGGCCAGCUGGUUCCAAGAACAAGCCAAAGCCACCAAUUAUUGUUACCCGAGACAGUGCAAAUGCACUUCGUGCACAUGCUAUGGAAGUGAGCUCUGGCUGUGAUGUGAGUGAAAGUUUAGCUAAUUUUGCAAGGAGGAAGCAGCGCGGCAUUUGCAUACUUAGUGGGAGUGGAUGUGUAACAAAUGUCACGCUGAGACAACCAACAUCCUCUGGGGCAAUUGUGACCCUUCACGGGCGGUUUGAGAUUCUUUCAUUGCUUGGAUCAAUCUUGCCUCCACCUGCUCCACCAGGCAUCACUGGCCUGACUAUCUACUUAGCUGGGGCUCAAGGGCAGGUAGUGGGUGGGGGUGUGGCUGGUGCUCUUAUUGCAUCUGGUCCUGUUGUAAUCAUGGCUGCAUCAUUCAUGAAUGCAACUUUUGAUCGCCUGCCAUUAGAUGAUGAUGAAAUUGCUGCUGCCAUGCAGAAUCAACAUUACCAAAAUGGUCGGAAUCAUCACCUUGAUAUUUCAGAUUUAUAUGGGAUGCCAAAGAACUUGCUUACCAAUGGUACCAUGUCUAUGCCCCCUGAGAUAUACUCUUGGGUUCCAGGACGAAACAUGUCAAAAACCUAGCCUUUUUCGCAGCAACUGCAGCAAUUCAUUAGUUUGUCGUAGCCAUACACAAAAGUUCUCUUAAACCGUUGUGUCCCUUCUAUGUUAUUGUUGAAGUUCAUUGUAACUUUGUAGCAUCACUAAUAGAUAUUCUAUAUGGCUUUGCCUGUUUUUCCA